CACAGUUUACACAUUGUUCAUCAUUUCAGCGAAUACAACAGAGCCUAACCCUGAACCAUGCAUCUAUCCAGUGCUGUACAGCAAAUAUACUAAUUGUACAGUAUUGAUUCAGCGCACCAAUUUAUUUGUUUUGGUCCCGCUAUACCCCACUGAAGUGCGGGAGGAAUAGGCCAUAGAAGAAUACCAGGGAAUGCAAUGUACUUCGUUGUGGUUUGUUAAAUUAACUUCGCCAACUACUGUGCAAACUUAAGGAAAAGAAAACUUUCGGAAGAAGCAAAGGGGAGGAAAAACUUUCGCUUUUCACAUGGACAAUAACUCUCCAGCCCGACUGAAUUUAGAUGAAUACAAGUUUUACUACGACGUUAUAACUGUUUUACUUUUUGUUUCUCAAGCUGAACAGGGUAAGAGGGAGAUUGUUCAGUUUCUCCCGGCCGGUCGCGUGGCUUCUUUGUGUAUAGCAGCUGCUUAAAUGUAUGGGCAAACACCGCGGGUUGGCGCAGAUAUAGCCUAGGACGAGCGUGGGUUGCUAAACUAUGAAGAGCUCUUUCAACGAGUAGAAGAGGAAUAUCAAUAGGCUACUUGGUUUAUUUACCCAUUUGCUUAACCAACACCUUAUCCUGCCCAUACCCUCUUUAUAUUUAUUUGACUGUAAUACGUUGCUAGUAGCUCUUACCCGUCUCGCCGCCUCUAAGCGUGGAUUGUAAAAAGGUAGAAACAAAUUGAGCUCUGUUCACAGUAUAGCUGCGCUGUUUCCUGAUACAUCAUGGAUGUACGGUUUUAUCCGACUGCCGGAGGAAAUCCUAUUCCAGGAGAUCCACCAAAUCUGGAUUUUUCCCACUGUUUGGGCUACUACAACUACAAUAAGUUUGCAAACAACAACAACUACAUGAAUAUGGCGGAUGUGGCUGGAGGUGUCGAUACAUUUCACACCCCCAGCCUGGGAGACGAGGAGUUUGAGAUCCCUCCAAUCACCCCUCCUCCAGAGACAGAGUCUGGCCUGGGCCUAGCAGAUGUGGAAUCCCCCUUCCCGGGACACUCAGACCAUCCACCCCAGCACAGGGGACCCUACACUCCCCAGUUCCCCCCUCAGAGCUUGGAGCUGCCCUCCAUCACCAUCUCACGCAACAUCAUGGACCAGGAGAGGCUCACCGGCAUUAACAGCCUGCCAGUGAACAUGCAGGGCCACCUCCGCCAGUACCCCCCCAACCCUGCCAUGGUCAUGAGAUCCAUCAUCAGUAUGAACAACCCCAAUGGUAUGAUGUCCCGGAACCAGCUGACCACCAUCAAUCAGUCCCAGCUCAGUGCCCAACUGGGUCUGAACAUGACAGGUCCCAACAUUGCCCACACUUCACCCUCACCGCCGGCCAGCAAGUCAGCUACGCCAUCUCCUUCCAGCUCCAUUAACGAGGACGACCAAGACCAAGACAGUAGGGUAAUGGCAGGAGAGAAGCGUCCAGCCCCAGAUGCUGGAAAGAAGCCCAAGACCCCCAAGAAGAAGAAGAAGAAGGACCCAAACGAGCCUCAGAAGCCUGUAUCAGCCUAUGCCCUGUUCUUCAGAGACACACAGGCUGCCAUUAAGGGUCAAAACCCUAACGCCACCUUCGGUGAGGUAUCCAAGAUAGUGGCCUCCAUGUGGGAUGGUCUGGGAGAGGAGCAGAAGCAGGUCUAUAAAAGCAAAACAGAGGCUGCCAAAAAGGAGUAUUUAAAAGCCCUCGCUGCCUACCGUGCCAGUCUUGUUUCCAAGGCUGCCCAGGAGUCGGCGGAGGCUCAGACCAUACGUUCAGUCCAGCAGACCUUGGCCUCCACCAGCCUGUCCCCAGGUCUGGUGUUGCCUUCACCCCUCUCCCAGCACCCCUCCAUGUCCUCCAUGUCCUCUGCAGCCCAGUCCCUUCAGAAUGCCAUGCCACGGGCCAUUGCCCCGAAGCCACUGCAGAUGAGGCUGGGAGGCAGCCAGAUCAUGACUUCGGUGACGGUGCAGCACCAGAACAUGCCCAACGGUGUGCCGUCCCAGCUUCUGAACCAGAUGGGUGGAGGAGGAGGAUCCAUGGCAGCCGGAGCCCAGUCCACGCCCGUGUCCCAGAUGAGCCCGCCGAUGCAGGGCGGCGUGGGACACAUGCAGCAGCUUCAGCAGCAGCAGCAGCAGCAGCAGCAGAUGCAGCAACACCUGCAGCACCACCAGAUGCAGCAGCAGCAGAUGCACCACCAGCAGAUCCAGCAGCAGAUGCAGCAUCAGCAUUUCCAGCACCACCUCCAGCAGCAGCUGCAGCAACACAGCUUGCAGCAGCAGCAGCAACAACAGCAGCAGCAGCAGCAGAGGCACGACAUGCAGCAACAGCAACUGCAGCUCCACCAGAUGCAGAUGCAGCAGCUGCACCAGCAGCAAAUGCAGCAGCAUCUCCAACAACAGCAGCAGCAGCAGCAGCACCAGUCCCAGUGCUCCCCGCCACAGCACUCACCCAGCACACCCCAUUCCGCCUCUAUGGGCAGUCCCCAGCCCGCCCCCCAGCAGCCGCACCCCUCCCAGAUCCAGGCCCAUGCCCAGGUGCUGUCCCAGGUCUCCAUCUACUGAGCCAAAUUCACUGAAGAUAUCUAUCUUGUCUCAGAGAAGAGGAAUAGAGAAAAAAAAAAAGCAUAAUUUCAAUGCUUUUCUAAGUUGCACUUAAGAAGUGUGUAAGGAUUAGAAUGUUUUAAAAAGAAGUUGUCCAUUGUUAUAGACGGAUAUGAAUACCUACGUACACAUGUAAAGGGGCAAAUACCGUAGCUGGAUUUUGUCUAUAAAAUAGGCUGUGCUAUGAGAAACAGUUUGUAGGGAGGUGCCCAUUAAUUGUUUAUUGUAUGUUUGUUUGUUGGUUUUUCUCUCAAUUGUCAAUACAAAACUGACUUGGGGCACAUUUGUGAAAAGACUGGUGCACCUGACUCACACAGGGGACAAAUGCCCUGUUUUUAUUUAACAAUAAAGCUUUAUUUAUGAGGUCAAAGUUGUCAGUUUAGCCCAACUACUGGACAAAGGCAUUUUGCGUAGCUCUCACCUCUUGCAGACAAGGAUACCUGAACAAAAUGACUUACAGGUACAAUACUGGAGACCAUUAACCCAGACAUAAAACAAUUUUUUCCACACUGGCCAGUAUGUUGUGAGACUAUAUAAAACACUACCCCCCUUACAUUCCUGCAGAUGUAACAAAUUGCCGAAAGGAAAGCUCUUCGUCAAACCAUCAUGCAUUUCAGGCCAAUGUGAUAUCUGAGCGCAUUCAUCCUGUGUCAUGAAAGCAAGAGACAAUAUCUAGAGAAAAGGGGGAAUUGGAAAAUGUCUUUGCAUUGGGGGAUUGUGACGGUUGCUGGAUGGAAGAAUGGACAGACUGACAGAAAUAAACUGCCAUAACAUCAUUUAUGUCAUCAUUAUGUCAUAAAACUGUAACUGUAAUCUGCUGUAAGUGUUUUGUAGAGUUGGGAGAAAACCAGACCUCCUCUUUCCAGUAAAAUCCCAUUUGCUCAAAAACUGUGUAAAACUGGCAGUCCAAAAAUGUUUAAAAAAUGUUCUUUAUGUAUUUGUUUUUACCUCAGAUGUUUAACAAUUAAAUUAUGUUUUUAUUUUGUGUAAUAAAGGGGAUAUUUUAUGGUACAUGAAAAAUUCCAGGAUCAAGGUUGAUGGUUUCAUGACUGAUUGAUGUAUUUUUACACUAUGUAUUUCUGGAUACUGCAAACAUUAUCAAUGGAAAUGGAAGAAGGAAAAAGAAGUAGCAGAGCCACUUUGUUGCACUGACAGAGUCAAUUGAAAAGACAAUGGGGGUAUUUUCUUGCCAGAUGUAAUGAUUGCUAUCCAUUAUGAAAAGAGAAAAGUUGUACAUUUUUCAUAUCACCUGUUGUAAAGUUUUAAUAUGUGAGGCUUUAAUUAAAACAUUGGUAAAAUGA